AUGGCACCACAGCCGGUCAGCGAUGCACUGGAUGAAGUCACACGCCAGCGCCUGAAGGAGAUUGAGUUGCAGCUGAGCCUGGAGACCACUCAGCUGAUGGAGCAGCUGGAGCAGACACACCAGGGGCAGUAUGGCUUUGCCUGGGGAGCCAUGCUUCUUGAUGGCUUGCAGCACUGGCAAUUCUGGGUCACUGCUGCAGUCCUGGUUCUGCUCUUGGGGCUCCUCUGGUGGCUCAGGAAAAGGAGCCGUGAGCCAGACCACAGCAGUGGAGAGGAGAGCUCCAGCAGCAACAAUGAGCAGAUGAAAGUGGAAAAUGAAGGAUAUGACCUUGUAGGGUUUUUAGACAAACACAUACAGUGGCAAGUUCAGGACCUGGCUUCACAGAGUGAGAUGGCAAAGAAGCUGAUGGACAGAUUUGUCUUAAUCAGCCAAAAAAUCUUGGCAGAAAGUUUCUCCCCGGUGCUGCAGCCAGCCAUCGGGGUGGGCAGCAGCUUUGAAGGCUGGAAUCCUUGUAAGAAGGACAUCACGCACCUCAUGCUUGUGCCCCUGAAGGCCCCCCAAGGGUACUCCUUCCACCUGGAGCCUGACACUGCACAGGAGCUGCCGGGAAGGGGCUUUCGCAUCCGUGUGCAGCCGGAGUGCACCUGCAGUGGAGAGGAACCGGCAGGAGAUGUGCUCUGCUUCCUCCAUCAGCCUGAGCAAGAAUGGAGUAGUGAUGAGGUCACCAACUUCUUUGACGACCUCUGCACUGACCACUACCUGGAUGUGGAGAAAACUGCCUGCUGGUUCUGUCACUUGAUGGUAUCAGCCUGGAGCUUCUUUUUUCUGUCACACUCACAACCCCUUGUGAUGCUGCCCUCUAGGCGCUCCUGCAAAUUCGAGGUGAGAAACUGCAGACGGAAAAUCCUCACCUUUGAGUUGAUCUUUGGGGUGCAGCAAGGUGACUCAGACAUCUUUGUGACCAGCGAGACCUCACCUGAUGCUGUUUUAACCCCAAGCACGAUGUGGUUUGAGAGCUGUGCUGUGGCAGAGGUGAAGUUCUUCAGGCAUGUGGCCUGGAAGCCUGGCAGCUACCACCUGCAUUGCCUGCAUCUCUGCACCCGCAUCCUGCUGGGAUACAGCUUUUCCACGUAUAUCAUGAAGACAGUAGUGAUGCACCUCAUGGCCAGCACACCCCAGUCAGGCUGGCGCAGGAGGCAUUUCCUCAUGCGCCUGGGGGAAAUCAUGCGAUACCUGGGCCACUGCGUGGAGAAGAGGUGCCUCAACCACUUCUUCUUUGGGAAUGAGAAUGUGCCAGAGGAGAUUGUCUUGCCACCAGGCUUCCGAGAGGCUGAACCACUCAACCUCUUCCAGCACCUGGUGGAGGAUAUAGCUGCCCAUGCCAAGGCUCUGCGUGACUUUGAUAAGCUGAAAGAUAAGCUUGCAAGACUGCUGAUCUACGGAAAGCGAUAG